AUGAGCUCGCGCUCGCCAGUCAAGGCCGUCAGCAUCCCCACGCAAGACCCGUCUCUCGCGCCUUGGAACAUCAGCUCUGUAAGCGCGCAUCGCCUGAUGGAGCUGCCGCCCGCGUCCACCUCAGCUGCCAUGUCGGUGCGAUGGCCCUUCCCAACGGUGGAUGUCCCAGACCACCACCACUACACCCUCGGGUCCGUCAUCCUCGCCGUCGGCAUCACGGGCAUGGUGGGAAACUUCCUCGUCAUGUACGCCUUCUGCAGGAGUCGGAGUUUACGUACUCCAGCCAACAUGUUCAUUAUUAACCUGGCGUUGACAGACUUCCUCAUGUGUGUGACUCAGACCCCCAUCUUCUUCAUCAACAGCAUGCACAACAGGUGGAUCUUUGGAGAGAAAGCAUGUGAGCUGUAUGCGUUCUGUGGAGCGUUGUUUGGGAUGACCAGUAUGAUCACUCUGCUGGUGAUCGCCGUGGACCGCUACUUCGUCAUCACACGGCCGCUGGCGUCCAUGGGUGUGAUGUCCCGACGCCGGGCCCUCUACGUCAUGGCUGCUGCCUGGUUCUACUCUAUGUUCUGGUCCCUACCUCCCUUCUUUGGCUGGAGUGCGUACGUCCCAGAGGGGUUGAUGACGUCGUGUUCGUGGGACUACAUGACGUUCACGCCAUCCGUCCGCUCUUACACCAUGCUGCUCUUCAUCUUCGUCUUCUUCAUCCCCCUCUUCAUCAUCAUAUACUGCUACAUCUGCAUCUUCAUCGCUGUACGCAGCGCCACGAGAGCCGUGUGUAAGAUAAACGAGGGCACCAGGGACUCAGUGAAGAGCAUGCAUAAGAUGAGGACUGAGUGGAAGACGGCCAAGAUCGCUCUCAUCGUCAUCCUGCUCUACGUCAUCUCCUGGGCUCCGUACUCGUGUGUCGCGCUCACCGCCUUCGCAGGGUAUGCUGACAUGCUAACUCCGUAUAUGAACUCUGUUCCUGCUGCCAUCGCUAAAGCCUCUGCCAUCCACAACCCUAUAAUAUACGCUAUAACACACCCCAAAUACAGGCUAGCUAUCAGUAGGUACAUUCCAUUUAUGGGUGUGUUGCUGUGUGUUCCUACCAGAGAUCGUUAUAGCAGCAGCAGCUUCAUGUCCUCCACCCGUCGAUCAACCCUCACCAGUACAACAUCUGACCCCGGUAAGACUGGCAGGCCCCGCCAGUCCUCCCUGUCCGACAGCGAAUCAGCAUUUACGGACACGGAGGCGCAACAUUCCUCUCGUCCGGCCAGUCGUCAGGUGUCCAGUGAUGUCACCCAGCUCCACCCCACCUUCUCCCAGAGGUCAAAAGGUCAUAGCUCCCUGAAGGUGAAAGGUCGCGACUCAGGAGCGUUUGAGAAAGCAGCUUCUCAGUCCCCCUCUGACCCUGCUGUCUGCCGCCUGCAACACGUCACUACGCUGACAGAGCCAGAGGACAUCUCCAUGUCUGAGAAUGUUGGUUUGACCAAUAUCCUUCCUGCUACUCUGGAUGACGUCAGAGAGGAGAGGUCGUCUCAAGGUGUUAGUGGGCGUGGCUCUUCCACAUGCCUAACCGACCUGAUCCCUGCCAUCGUACUCACGUCUACCUCUAGCCCCUCCUCCAUCUCCCUGCUACAAAGACAAGGUUCCCGAGGCAACCCAGCCAAUAACGUCAGUAAAGGGGCGGGGCUUGCUGUAAGAGAACCCGUGGAUGUUGUGCAGUUGGACAAUGUGUGA